AUGUACUGGCCAAAUGGAGUGCCCCGAGUCUAUGCAGUCAACGGCCCGGAGAUACAGAAACAGCAGAAGAGACAGCAGCAAGAGGAAGAGGAGACCGAGCAGGAUGAUAAUAGGACAGAAACUACUGCUGAGUCUGCGGACGAGAGGAAGCAGAGCAAUGGAUUGCUACAGCACAAGCACCGGGAGAUAGCUAUCCAACAUGCGGGAGACGCGGACGAUGCUUGGGCGGAUGAGCCUAUUGCUGGACUCUGUGUCUCGAAGAGCGGAGCUUUAUUUGCAACGAUGACCAGGUCAUCUUUGGCCAUUUGGCAGACAAAGCCCACAGCCGUCGUUGCGGCAAUCAAGCGGUCUCAUGUGUCUAUUACGAACUAUGGCCCAAAUGUAGCUCUCCUGCUUCGACCAGACUCCGGUAUCAUCGUCGUACAGACGCUAGAGGGUUACUUGAUAACGUAUUCGAUUGCAACUGAUGCGCAUUCCCACGUAUAUCAACAGUUAUUCUUACAGUCACAUCCAAGACGGAACCUUCCCUCCAAUGAUUCCCACGCAAUCCGCGAAAUAAGCCUACGGUUUAGGGUAGCCAUUAAAGUUGAUGCCGGGAUUAGCAAAGCUGUUGCGUUAGACAACGAGCUAAUGGUUGCUACAACGAAACCUGCUGCGAUACAACUAAUACGGUGGACUCCGGAUAGCAGCGGUAAUCAAACCAGCACAGAGCUUCUAAGCCGCAUUUCGUGGCUCUCAAAGAAGUCGCUUGUCGUCGAAAUGGUCUAUGACCGUGCUAUGAAUCUUCUGUUAUGGGUAACAAGUGAUGGUCGGGUUUACGCAGUACAAUACAGUUACCGGGAGGCCGACGAGUCCGGUUCAUCCAAGGUCAAUUUCACCGGACACAGAUUUCACAAUCCAGAAAAUGAUGGGCAACGGGCGCUCCAGGUUGCUGUAAAUGCAAGAUUCUCCCUUUUCGCAGUUAGUUGCGUUAACGGUGAGAUAUGCGUCUAUGCAGCAAGGGAUUACUCCGGCAAUAUUCCGCUAUCCCACAAAUUACAGAUGCCGGCAUCUGCAGCUACGAUGGGAAAAAUAUCUUUUAUGAGCUACUCAUAUGAUGGAUACUGUCUUUUUGCAGGUUAUGAAAACGGUUGGACAACAUGGAGCGUAUUUGGAAAGCCAGGUGGCACCAGCUUCACAGCAGAGAAGUCGCUUGCUGAAAGCAAUGGGGAGACCUGGCUAACUGGAGUUUCCAUGGGUGCAUGGAUUGGUGGUGGCUCCGACAUUCUGCUAGCAUCCUCCAAAGACAAGCGAAUAUGGUUGUUAGAAGUUGCGCGCAGUGCCCUAACCGGUUGUUUUUCAUCUGCAAACCUUGCCCGAGCGCUUCUUCAAACAGGAACAGAAAUCAUUCUAUAUCGUGGCCAUGAUCUUCCCGACUUAACAACUAUAUCAGGCAAAGACUCGCUUUGGCACCAUGCUCAAUACCCUCCUGGAUAUCUCCACGCUCAAUGGCCUAUUCGUACAUGCUGUGUCUCACAAGAUGGUAGAUACGUUGCCGUGGCAGGCCGGCGUGGCCUGGCUCAUUAUAGCGUUCACAGCAAUAGGUGGAAGACUUUCGAUGAUCCAAAAGUUGAAAAUUCUUUCGCCAUUCAAGGAGGGAUGUGCUGGUAUGGGCACAUCCUCAUUGUCGCUGUUGAGGGCGAUUCUUCAUACGAGUUGCGGAUGUACUCUCGCGAGUUGCCCCUGAAUAAUUCCUCAAUCCUCUAUUCAGAACCCCUUCCAGCACCAGCAGUAUUCAUUGGGCCCUCGGGAGAGGACUCUCUCUUGGUUUACACUUACGAUAACAUAUUAUAUCACUAUGUUAUAAACGCUGUUGGGACAAGAAUUAGUCUCGUUCAAGUGGGUCAGAUAACUUUCAAUGGAAUCGUGAGAGCACCAGCUCGUGUUCGCGCUAUCAGUUGGAUCCUACCUGAAGAUCAACUUCGUGACGGAGACCCAUCUCAGGAUGUUGCUGUAGCAUCGGUUCUCUUCCUUGUUGAUGGAAAACUGGUUUUGCUUCAACCAUCGGUUUCCCCCAACGGGGCAUUGAAAUAUGAUAUGCGUGUUGUUGCUCAUGAUGUCGAAUAUUAUAUCCUUAUGCGCGAUCAACUAUCGUUCAAUUUUGCACCUCCAAACGACGAGCCCUCUUCUGGUGGACAAACCCCUGAGAUCACCGUUAAUAAUUCCCCUUCCGAUAUCUCGCUCCGCGAUUCUUUAUGGGUCUUUGGUGGGAAGGACCUGUUCGUCUGGAGUGAUAUGCAAGAUAUACUUCGCCCAACUGGCCGAUCAGUUGAAGGACCAAAGAACUUGCCUAUCCCCACUGACUUUUAUCCUAUUUCUAUACUGCUAAACAAAGGCAUAGUUCUUGGUAUUGAGCCAGAGAUCACUCAAAGACGUGAUGUUACUUUCACAUUACAGAGAUUUGCAAUCAGAACCCAACUUUUUCUCCCAUACGUCCUGCAGCACAACUUAUCUUAUUUUGACACACCGUCAGCUCUCUCGAUUUGCCACCAUUUCUCACACCUGUCAUACUUCCCUCACGCCUUGGAAAUUCUAUUGCAUCACGUCUUGGACGAGGCCGUAGAUGACCAUAGCAUAGGAAACAGCAUUGAGACCCCUGUGAAGGGGAAGCAAUUACUACCCGGUGUGUUAGCAUUUCUCCAGGCUGCCAACCCACCUGAAUUAUACCUUGAUAUUCUUGUUCAGUGUAUCCGAAAAACGGAGCUACGAUCCUGGCGAACUCUUUUCGCUUAUCUUCCACCCCCAAAUGAGUUAUUUGAACAAGCACUCAAGUUUAAUUCGCUGAAAACGGCUGGAGGCUACCUACUUGUCUUGCAGGCUUUUGAUGACACCGAUGACGGAGAUAGUGGAGAUAGUUUUGAUAAGAUUGAAGACUCUGCCGUUCGUCUCUUGCGGUUGGCAUCACAACGGGGAGACUGGGAGCUGUGCGGUGAGAUCGCACAAUUCCUCAUUGCAUUAGAUGGUUCCGGUAGGGUGUUGAAACGCGCUGUUGUGAGAGUAGGCCUGAGAAGAGAAGGUCCUGGUAGCCCGGUUGAUGUUGACGAUUGCCCCAUUCCCCGUUUUGCAAUGUUAGACAUUAGCCCGUGA